UGACCUCAGGUGUGAAGAACACACUUUUGCCCCUGGGGUGACCCCCAUCAGUUGUCUCUGACUUGGCUUCUUCCCUGCCUCGCAUCUUAGUUUUUGGGGGGACAGUGGGGUCCUGUGUGAUCCUACCUCCCUCCUCACCCCCAUUCUCUCCACCUCCCAGCUAACCAUGCAGCUCUCCCUGAGCCUCCCCUUCUCCCUCACCCCCUGCAGCUACGAGGGGGAGAAUGGGCCGACGCCGUCGCCGGGCCGCAGCCCCCUGGACUCGCAGGCGAGCCCGGGGCUCGUGCUGCACGCCGGGGUGGCCGCUGGCCAGCGCCGGGAGUCCUUCCUCUACCGCUCGGACAGCGACUACGACAUGUCCCCCAAAACCAUGUCCCGGAACUCCUCCGUCACCAGCGAGGCGCAUGCUGAGGACCUCAUCGUUACGCCGUUUGCCCAGGUGCUGGCCAGUCUCCGUAGCGUUCGAAGCAACUUCUCACUCCUAACCAAUGUACCCAUUCCCAACAAUAAGCGGUCCCCGCUGGGUGGUCCAACCCCUGUCUGCAAGGCCACGCUGUCAGAGGAGACAUGCCAGCAGCUGGCCCGGGAGACACUGGAGGAACUGGACUGGUGCCUGGAGCAACUGGAGACCAUGCAGACCUACCGCUCCGUCAGCGAGAUGGCUUCGCACAAGUUCAAAAGGAUGCUGAACCGGGAGCUCACACACCUGUCAGAGAUGAGCAGGUCGGGAAACCAAGUCUCAGAGUAUAUUUCCACAACCUUCCUGGACAAACAAAAUGAAGUUGAGAUCCCCUCCCCCACGAUGAAGGAGCAAGAGAACCAGGAAACACCCCCAAAGAAACCUUCCCAGCACCCCUUGCCCCCCGAACCUCAGUUCCAGCCCAUGUCCCAGAUCACGGGAGUGAAGAAGCUCACGUACAGCAGUGGCCUCAACACCAGCAUCCCACAGUUUGGGGUGAAGACGGACCAAGAGGAGCUCCUGGCCCAAGAGCUGGAGAAUUUGAGCAAAUGGGGUCUGAACAUCUUCUGUGUGUCAGAUUAUGCCGGAGGCCGCUCACUCAGCUGUAUCAUGUACACCAUCUUCCAGGAGCGGGACCUGCUGAAGAAAUUCCGCAUCCCCGUGGACACCAUGGUGACGUACAUGCUGACGUUAGAAGAUCACUACCAUGCUGACGUGGCCUACCACAACAGCCUACACGCAGCCGAUGUGCUGCAGUCCACACACGUGCUGCUGGCCACGCCCGCGCUCGAUGCGGUGUUCACAGACCUGGAAAUUCUGGCCGCCCUCUUUGCAGCUGCCAUCCAUGAUGUGGACCACCCUGGAGUCUCCAACCAGUUCCUCAUCAACACCAAUUCGGAGCUGGCGCUCAUGUACAACGAUGAGUCGGUGCUGGAGAAUCACCACCUGGCCGUGGGCUUCAAGCUGCUGCAGGAGGAGAACUGUGACAUCUUCCAGAACCUCAGCAAGCGCCAGCGACAGAGCCUGCGCAAGAUGGUCAUCGACAUGGUGCUGGCCACGGACAUGUCCAAGCACAUGACACUCCUGGCGGACCUGAAGACCAUGGUAGAGACCAAGAAAGUUACCAGCUCUGGAGUUCUCCUACUGGACAACUACUCCGACCGUAUCCAGGUCCUUCGGAAUAUGGUCCACUGUGCAGACCUGAGCAACCCUACGAAGCCCUUGGAGCUGUAUCGCCAGUGGACUGAUCGCAUCAUGGCUGAGUUCUUCCAGCAAGGGGACCGGGAACGGGAGCGUGGGAUGGAGAUCAGCCCCAUGUGUGACAAGCACACAGCGUCUGUGGAGAAGUCUCAGGUGGGCUUCAUCGACUACAUCGUGCACCCGUUGUGGGAGACGUGGGCGGACCUCGUGCACCCCGAUGCCCAGGAGAUCCUGGACACCCUGGAGGACAACCGGGACUGGUACUACAGCGCCAUCCGGCAGAGCCCGUCGCCGCCCCCGGAGGAGGACGAGGAGUUUCCUGGGGGCCCCGGACACCCCGCCGCCCCCGAGAAGUUCCAGUUUGAGCUGACGUUGGAGGAGGAGGAGGAGGACGAGACACCCCUGGGGACCCAGGACGCCCCGGAAGCGGACGGCGGGAGCGUGACCCCCGGACCGACCUGCGGUGGGCGUGCAGCCCACGACGGAUCCGAAGCCGCGGGCCCCACCAGCCCCCCAACUUUGAGGACCCCACCCGCUCUGCAGGAGGCCCCGGGCCUCGCGGGCCUCCCCUCCACGGCGGCCGAGGUGGGGGCCCCAAAAGACGAUCGGGCUGCCAAGAGGGCCUGCGGGGCCUGCUCCCCCUCCUCCCCCUCCUCCUCCUCCUGCUGCUCCUCGGGGACCCCGGAGGACACCCCGGCCCUCCCCCCAGCCCCAAGUGGAUGGGACCCCACCUGAGCCCCUGCAGCCCCGGGGCGCCCCGAGUCUCCCGCACCCCCACCACCGCCCCGCUCCUCCUCCUCCUCCUCCUCUUCCUCCUCCACCCCAAAGACUCAUCGCCCUCCUGAGAAAAAAAGAAAGCAGAAAAGUGGGGGGGGCUUUUGCUUUUCUUUGCUUCCCCCCCCCGAGGCCGUGGCCACUGGGGGGGCCUUUGGAUGGAGGGGGGGUC